AUGUGUGAAGAAGAGAACCCUGGAGAUAUCCCGAUCAGAUCUUACGUUGCCAAAAGUGACAAUCACGCGGACGACGGAGCCAUUCUCUCCAUUCUCAAAUGGACUCAGCGGAACAUUGUUAGCCUCAUCCUUCACCUUCUGUUCUAUGGAUCCUUCAUUGUCUCAUGGAUUGCCUGUGAGAUAGUUUCAAUAAGAAACGAGCUCUCAUUACUUUAAUUUCAGUCUUUCGGCUCUGCUACUUGUCAUGCCAGGUCCAGGAAGGUAUCGAAAGAUGUCGAAGCACAGACUGCUGA